AUGAGCAAGAAGGAUGACUUGUUGAAUAACUUUUACAAUUUUGAACUGGAAACUCCAAAAGAAUUUGAAAAGAUGGACAUUGUCAAGAAUUUAUAUGUGGAACAUCCGAGUGUCAAAGCCAUGAAAAACGAGUCCGAGGUACGAGCAAAAGAAGACAUCAAAGUUUUCUGCUCUCGUAAAGGAACUCCAAUCCCAAAGCCAGUUUUACUCUUUUCACAACUCAAUUUUCCAUCUUUUAUUCAAAAGCAAAUCCAAGAAAUGCAAUUCAAAGAACCAACAGCUAUUCAGAAACAAACAUGGCCAAUUGUUUUGCAAGGUUAUGACAUGAUUGGUUUGGCCGAAACUGGCAGUGGUAAAACGUUGGCAUUUGUAUUGCCAGGUUUAAUGCAUGUGUUGGCUCAAAAAGAGCUAAAGAAGGGAGAAGGACCGGUCAUGGUCAUUUUGACACCAACUCGAGAGUUAGCCAUACAAAUUCACAAGGAAUGUGAAAAAUUUUGUAAUGCAAGCCAAUCGGAAAGCAAACCAAUCAAGAUUGCUUGUUUAUACGGAGGAGAAGUCAGAAAAAAUCAAAUCAAGGAAUGCCGAGCAAAACCAGAAAUUGUUAUCGCAACUCCAGGAAGACUUCUUGAUUUUUUUACAAGCUGGUAUUACUAA